CCGAACUCAACAUGCACUGGCUAUUCUGGAUAGUUCUGCACCCCUGGAAAGCACAAAAUCCUGUUCAAUAUGAGCCUUUAUCUCCAGCUGUCAGUCCGUGCCCAAGUCAUGCCGGACGGCGACAUACAUAUCCCAAAAGACGGCAUUUACAUGUCUUUGUGAUCGCUGUGACUCUCUUGAUGACUGCUGUCGGGCUGUGGCUGUUGCUGCUCUUGACUGGUUAUCUUCACAUCCCGACGCCAAUCUUGCGCAUCAUGACCAAAGAGUCCAAGCUUCCGCCGCUGUACUCGAGAUAUCAUCAGCAUGAGUUGCAAAUGCCCCAGCAUAACCUGAGUCAGGCCGACGUACAGGGCACCAAAUACCUCUGGAUCUCAAACUACAUCCGUGGGAACGGCUGGGGAAAUGUCAUGCAAGAAUUGCUACUGAACUCAUAUUUGGCCUACCGCGCCAAUAGAUCGUUCGUCUUCACCAACUACACAUGGACUGAAGGCGGCCCCGAUUUUGCGCUGUACAACUUGAGGCCCAUCCCAGCGCGGAUCCCUCUUACGGCAUUACUCGGCGGACCGACUGUCGGUGCACCGAUGCUGGCCGCACCCGACGCACCGCUGGCAGUCACCAAGGAAUUUUGGGAUGAGGUUUGCCCACAUGCUACCGUGAUCAAGGACGACGAUGUUGUCACAAGCGUGGACGGCAGUCCCACUACCGCUGGCAUGAAGGUCGAGAAGUGGCUCGAAAAGCUCCGCACGACUGAAGACCGCUGCGUCGAAGUCCCGAGAGACUCGUGGUCGAUCUUUGAUAUAUGGAUAUUGCAGGAUGCUAAACGUCUCCUCGAUGAAUGGCCGCCUUUCUCUCAUUCACCCAUCCUCACCGAGUUCGCGUGGUCGCCCCUCAUAGAGCUGGCCUUCGACAUGAACCGGGAAACCAUCUCUCCAUCAUCUCCCUUGCAGCCGUAUCUCUCCUCUGUCCCUCUUACGGUCAAGAGCGCAGAACGGUAUGCCCGUAUCCCUGGGCUGCUGGCCAUCCAUGUCCGGCGCGGAGACUUCGUACGGCAUUGCAAGCGCCUCGCACAAUGGGAAGCGAACUACGUCGCGUAUAACGCGUUCCCGUCCAUGCCAGACCAGCAAGACUUCCCGCCGAACACCCCUGCCCCCGCGAGGACUGAGAUGUACCGCGCCCGGUGUUACCCCGAAAUUGAUGAGAUCGUGAGAAGAAUCGAAGAGAUAAGGAAUAGCGAGGCAGGCCAAGGCCUGCAGAACAUUUACAUCAUGACCAACGCGCCACCCGACUGGAUAUAUGACCUCAAGGCGGCAUUGCGGCGGUCAUGGGGAUGGGCGGAUAUAGCCAGCAGCAGAGACCUGUUACUCAAUCAGGAACAGGGGUAUGUGAAACAGGCCAUUGACAUGCUGAUCGGCCAAAGAGCGCAAGUUUUCAUCGGCAAUCCGUUCUCCUCCCUGUCUGGGCAAGUCAACAUGCUACGAAUGGCAAACGGCUUUUCCCCAGAGUCAUGUAGACUUUGGUGAGACCGAGUGUUUACUGGCAUUGCGCAAAGGUCUGUUGCUUCAGUCAAUGUCGGUGCUUGUGGCAAUUCGUGCGAUGCUGUAUGUCGGAGAACACGCGAAGACUGGCUACGAUAAAUUCAUGAGUAAUCGCUUCAUGCUUGUAUAUGUAUUUCUGCCAUCCUGAGGUUUUGCUAUCUCAAGAGGAGAGUUUAGGAGCUCACGUUACCCGUCAUGAUAAAGCUCAUGUACACUCUAUAUGUAUCCAAAUAGCGAUUAUUAGAAAGCCAUGGUCCAUGA